CCAGAUGCUCUGACUGUCGCAUGGUACUCUCCAACCCCACAGGAAUUUUUACCUCACCCUGUUUUCCUAAUAAUUAUCCCAACAGUCAAGCAUGCAAAUGGACCAUCAGGGCUCCUUCUGGAUUCAUAAUUCAAAUUACCUUUGUUGAUUUUGAGAUUGAAGAAGCUCCCAACUGCAUUUAUGAUUUCCUAAAAUUGCACACAGGAGAAAAAGAAGUCACAUUGUGUGGUAUAACUGCCAGAGGUUUAUCGUUUAAUUCAUCUGGGAAUGAAAUGAUUGUAUCUUUUACCAGUGACUUUAGCAUCCAGAAGAGAGGCUUCAAUGCCAGUUAUACCCGAGUUGCUGUGGCCUUGAGGAAUCAAAAGGUUAUCAUUCCACAGUUCCAGGAUACUGAUACUGUGUCUCUCGCUAAUUCCAUCCAAGUUCCAGAACUCAACCAAUUCACACUGUGCUUUGAAGCAACUGAAAACAAUGGUAGUAGCCAUGAUUGGAAGGCUUUCUCCUAUUGUGAUUCUUCCUCUACAGAAUUCUUCAGCUUCGGAAAAACAAAAGGGGGGCACUUUAUAUUUAUCUCAGACACAGAAUGUAUGCUAAAUGAUGCGCUUGAUACCAAUCCAGAUGGAGACUUCUUCACUGAAACAUUUGAACAGCUUUGCAUUGUAUGGGAUAGUUACUCUGGCACUAUUGGUGUGAAUGUCAAGCAUACAUAUAAAACAAUAUUCUGUUCAGAUUCUUAUGGAAAAGUCAUUCCUGCUAAUGGAAAGUUGGUUUUGGGCUCUGAUAGAAAGGAUAUAAACCCUCUCAAUGGAGAUAUUUAUAAUUUCCGCCUUUGGAAUUUCACAAUGAACUCCCAAGUACUCUCUAACCUCAGCUGUGAUGUGAAAGGCAAUAUUAUAGACUGGGAAACUGACUUUUGGAGUAUCCCAACAUCAGCACUUAAAGCAGAAAACAACCUGAGUUGCGGUAAGCUUCUUUUAUUACAUUUUCCCUCCCUGAUGAGCUAAGCAUCCCACAGAGCAACCUCACCUUUUCUAGUGUGUUAUGAAGUACUCUAUCCAUAAGGUCCAUAUGUUGCUUUUAGCUAUGUUUGUUCUUUUUAUGAGUUGCAUUGAGUUAGAUUGGGCUCAAGCAUUUCAGUGGUUCACUGAAAAGGAGUGUUUUAGUGCUUUUUCAUUGUAUGGUGCAAUGUAGAAUCAAUAUAAAAUAUUAAGAAAUUACAAUAAUUUCUCUCUCUAGAUUCAUGUAUUUAAACAAAGCACAAUAAUAGGGCUGUUUGUUAUAAGGCACACUUUGAACUUGCCCUAUAUAAGAUUUCCAAGUAUCCCAUGUUUUACAAAAUGGCCUUUAUUUUAGGGGCAGAAAAUUAAUAUUUUUUAUAUUGAAU